AUUCCCUCCUCUUGGUGAUUAGUCUGGUCUGCUUUGUUUGUGGUUGCGCUUGCUCAGCCAGCCGAUGUGUUGUGCGUUUAUACAGAGGUGGUUUUAAAACAAACUGAUAUUUAUAUUUUAUAAUUAGAGUGAAAUAUUGGUUAAAAAAUUGAAAUGGGCAAGAAAGAGGAAGAAGAAAUUAUUCGGAUCGCGAAGAAAAUGGAUAAGAUGGCGCAGAAAAAAAAUGGGUCGGGCGCACUGGACCUGUUGAAAGAGCUGAAGAACAUUCCCAUGACGCUGGAAUUGCUACAGUCUACCAGAAUUGGGAUGUCAGUGAAUGCCAUUCGCAAGCAGAGUACGGACGAGGAGGUGACAUCCCUAGCAAAGUCUCUCAUAAAAUCGUGGAAAAAGCUCCUGGAUGAGCCUGGAGGUGGAGACAAAGCCUUAGAGGAGAAGAAAAAAGAACCCACAACUCCAACCGUCUCCUCUUCACAAAACAGCCCUGAGCCACGCGAGGAGAGCAGCUCCAGUAGCAACUCAAGCAGCAAGAGUGAAAGCAGUGACAUCACGGCCAACACGCUGAUCACCACCUUCCCACGAGCGCCCAACACAUCAGACUCUGUCAGGAACAAAUGCAGGGAGAUGCUCUCCAGUGCCUUGCAAGCAGGGAAUGACUACAUUGCUAUUGGUGCUGACUGUGAUGAACUUGGGGCUCAAAUUGAGGAAUGCGUCUUCCAGGAGUUCAAAAACACUGACAUGAAGUACAAAAACAGAGUCCGCAGCCGGAUUGCCAACUUGAAAGACCUAAAGAACCCCAGCCUCAGGAGGAACGUGCUGUGUGGCAACGUGCCCCCUGACAGAAUGGCCAGGAUGACGGCAGAGGAAAUGGCCAGCGACGAGCUCAAGGAGAUGCGCAAAAACCUGACCAAAGAGGCCAUUCGCGAGCACCAGAUGGCCCGAACAGGGGGCACAGAGACUGACCUGUUCACAUGUGGGAAAUGCAAAAAGAAGAACUGUACAUACACCCAGGUUCAGACUCGAAGCGCUGAUGAACCAAUGACCACAUUUGUCCUCUGUAAUGAAUGCGGAAACCGAUGGAAGUUUUGCUAGUUGGAGGAAGAAUCAUUGAUGCGGAAUGCAGCAAGGAAGACUGCUGGACCAGGAUUUCAUUUUGUACCUGUAUUUGAAAAGGAAACUGUUUGGACCUUCACAUGUAGUGAAACCUGCCACACAGAUAGCCACAAAUGAAAACACCACUGUUUUUAUUGGAUCCAUAUUACUCGAUGAAUAAAUUCCUGUAUUUUAACUAUUCAUUAGGUACAGCUGUCAAACUACGAUUGAUGUUAAUGUGUUUUAUUUUGUCAUUUUUUUAUAUGUAGUUUGACAUUAAACUUUGAUCAGUAAGUACUGUUUUGCUCUGAUUAAUCCUUUUAAAUAUUAUCUUCAGUUUUUUUAGAUUUGGUUAACUCGCAGUUAAAAGUUCCAAAUGGAGGCACAUCAUGUUCUUUUCUAAAAAUCCUUCCUGUUUAUAGCGUACUUUUGUGGUCUGCAGAAGUUGGAAGUCCUUGUCUAAUGUGUGACAUUCUCAGUAGUAAAUUGUUUAUCUCAUUAGCAGGAAUUGCUCAUAGCACUACAUGUCACAGCAUUCUGUGUUGCUUACAGAUAGGGCAGCUUUAGUGAGAACUGAGAGCUCAUCUUCAGUCAGUGUUUUUCUAGUUGUUGAUGGGCACACCAUAAGCAUCUCUUCUCCAAGUAUGUCACCAGGGUGUCACCAAAAUAGAUGGGGAAAAUGCUUCCUUCAGUUCUUCAAAGUCUCAUUGUAGCUGACAUAACCAAAUUAGCUUGUGUGAUUUAAUCACAGAAAUAAAAUGUUAAUUACAGCACA